CCGCAAUCCUUCCCCUGUUGGCUUCGCCGAAAGAAGUAGCGACCUCGCUCUCCUCACACUGUACAAGUUUCUUGCAGGAGACGAUUUGGAAUCAGUAGUGUGCACCGAAGCACUCGAGCAAUUCCACCAGACCAGUGUCGGGGUGUCAUCAUGAUUCCUCUAAUUGUUAUUGCCGGAAUGGUCGCGAUGUCAGCAGUACCUGCUGAAUUCUACGAGAGCAGAUACGACCACCUCGAUGUCGAAAGCAUCCUCAACAAUAGAAGAAUGGUCAAUUAUUACGCGUCUUGUCUGCUUUCCAAAGGGCCGUGCCCUCCACAAGGGGUAGAUCUUAAAAGGGUUCUCCCAGAGGCUCUCCAAACCAACUGUGCCAAAUGCACCGAAAAACAGAUGGCGGCUGCCUAUCGCUCUGUCAAACGCCUGAAAAAAGAAUACCCCAAAAUCUGGGAACAGUUGCGAGCAGUUUGGGACCCCGAUGAUAUCUACAUCAGAAAGUUUGAAGCAAAUUUCGAAUCUGGGAAAUCUUCAGGUGUCACUAGUACCAACACUGCUCCUCCAACUCCAAUACUGUCCAAUCGUUUUGGAGAGAAUGAUGAAAACGACGCUGCCACCAACGUCAUCUCUUCAACACCCCCUCCCCCUACUACUAGUACUACUACUCGCACUACUUUAAUCACUAAACUUACUACUAAACCUACUACUAACCCUACUAACAAACCUGUUGUAACAAAACCAUCACAAGCGCCACCGUUUGCGACCGUUGGGGCUAAUCUCCAAGCUACGGUGAGUUUUGGUACUAACUUAGUUGGAGGCAUUGUGCGUAGCUUAGGUACUUUGGGUUCGAGAGUGGUCGAGUCGGGUACUAAACUGGCCAAUAUGGUUAUUUCAGCAGCUUUAAGGCCUUAAAUGUUUACUUAGUAGAUAGGUUUGUGUUUGUUGUGUCACUAAUCCACCAUCACCAUUUUAGGUCACAUUCAUGGCGGCACUAAAAAAAAUUGUUAUCCAGUUGUACCAACACAAACUGGAAAUUAUUAACAGAAUACUAUCUGGGAGAUAGGACUUAACGCUGAAGAGUGAGGAAGAAGGAUGUCCUUUUUUUGUUAUUUGUCAUUGUCUCAUUAGUUAGGACUGUUAGAGUCAUGCCAUUUCAAAUGUCAUCUUUCAGAUAGACUGAUUUUUUUUAAUAGGGGUCUGAAUUGGCUGUGCACAUGUCAAAUUACGACGUUACUUAAGUAAUAUAUAACGUCGGAUUCAAGGCAUCGAGGUCAUGAUUUGACUCCAUGGCCGCCAUUCAAAUUUUAUUCGACAGUCAAAGAUUCAGAUAUCAGGUUAUCUUUAUUCUAGUCUUUGUAAUUGGCUUAUUGCACAAAAAUACAAACCAAGGCCUAAUAAUGCAUUCAAAUCUUAAUAAAGCUUUUUACGUAAACUAACAAAAUCUAAAUUGCCCCCAAAAUUUAUUUAUUUAUGAAGCCUGAUACUCAGUUUUGCAAAAAACCGAUGUAACUCUUAAGUCAUGUGAUAUUCUUGUAUGUAAUUUUAACUUUAGUAGUAAAUUGUAUAAUUAGUUGAAUAAAAAACAAAAUAUGA